AUGCUAUUUUGGAAGGAGCAUGAAAAGGACAAUUCUUGCACUAUUUGUGAAGCUUCACAGUGGAAACAAAAUGCUCCAAUUGAAGGAUGCGAGUCUGAGCAACCAAAAAAUGACUAUAGAGUUCUUGCAAAAGUUUUGAGGCACUUUCCAUUGAUUCCUAGACUACAAAGGUUGUUCAUGUGUUCAAGGACAGCUGAGUCAAUGAGAUGGCAUGAAGAAGAGCGCUCAAAGGAUGGGAAAUUGAGGCAUCCUGCUGAUGGUAAAGCGUGGAAGGACUUUGAUGAGCUCCAUCCAGAUUUUUCUAGUGAGUCCCGCAAUGUAAGACUUGGCUUAACGAGUGAUGGGUUUAAUCCAUUUAGGACCAUGAGCUUAUCUCAUAGUACAUGGCCUGUCUUGAUGAUGGUAUAUAACACACCACCUUGGUUGUCCAUGAAACCUGAAUAUACAAUGUUGUCAUUGUUGAUUCCUGGACCAAAAUCUCCAGGCAAAGAUAUCGAUGUUUACCUCCAACCACUGAUAGAGGAGAUAAAGGAGUUAUGGGAAUUCGGCAUAGAGACAUACGAUUCUUCAAUGAAUCAAACUUUUCAAAUGCGUGCAGCUCUUUUGUGGACAUUUAGUGACUACCCUGCUUAUGCUAUGUUGUCGGGCUGGAGCACCAAAGGAAAAUUUGUGUGUGCAUGUUGUAAAUCUAACACCAAUUCGUUAUACCUCAAACACAGUCAUAAGAUGUGUUAUAUGGACCACCGUACCUUUUUACCAAGAACUCAUUCUUGGAGAGACGAUGUCAAAUCAUUUAAUGGAGAAGAAGAACAUAAGACUGCACCAUCCAUGUUAAACAUGGCAGAAAUUCUUGAACUCUUAAAAGAUUUCAAUAAUGAAUUCAGGAAAAAGAAAAAGAAGAAAGUUAAUGGCCCGUGGAAGAAGAGUAUUGUUGGAACUCUUUUGGACAUCCUGGGGAAGACAAAAGAUCAUAUUAAAGCCCAUUAUGAUUUGCAGGAAAUGGGAAUUAGAGAAAUACUUCAUCCAAGGGAGAUUGGUGGAGGACGUUCAGAGUUUGCAAAAGCAUGUUUCUCAAUGACUCCGCACGAGAAGUCAAUUUUUUGUGGAGUUAUAAAGGCUGCCAAGUUACCAGAUUGGACUGCAUCAAAUAUUUCAAAAUGUGUACAAGUUGCUGACAAAAAAAUAUCUGGUUACAAGAGCCAUGAUGCGCAUUUCAUGUUACAUUAUUUGUUGCAAAUUGUAGUAAGAAGCACAAUGCCCAAGGAGGUGGCAACCCCACUAAUUCUUCUUGGUUCCUUUUUCCGCUCUCUAUGUCAGAAAGUUAUACAAGUGGAAGAUUUAGAUUACCUAGAAGAUGAGAUUGCAAAGAUACUUUGUCAGUUGGAGAUGAUAUUUCCUCCAAGUUUCUUUGAAAUAAUGGUUCACUUGCCUAUUCACCUGGUAAAUGAAGUUAGAUUGGGUGGUCCUGUUCAAUUUCGAUGGAUGUAUCCCACCGAAAGAUACUUGUGUAAACUUAAGAACUAUGUCCGCAAUAGAGCUUAUCCUAAAGGUUCUAUUGCCGAGGGGUAUCUGGCUGAAGAAGCUAUAACAUUUUGCUCAAGGUAUUUGCAUAGCAAUGUAGAUACAAGGUUGAAUAGGAAGAGUCGGAAUUAUGAUGUUACUGAUUUACUUGAAAUAGAUCUAGAUGAUUACUUUACAACUGCUGGUCGUCCUUUAGGAGGGGCAGGUGAACCCUUUCAUCUUGAUGUGAAAUCAAAGGAUGAUGCCCAUCGAUACAUCUUAUUCAAUUGCAAUGAAGUUCAAAUUUACAUCAGUGAGCAUGAACGGAGUGUUAAUUCAAACACUAACAAAAGGAAGUGGACCAAGGCCAAAAGUCAAAGUAAAGAAUUUGGUGAAUGGUUUAAAACUCGUGCCCAGAAAGAUGAUGUGCCAUUACAACUUGAAAAACUUUCUAGAGGACCUAAUUUUGUUGCAAAGAGGUAUCCAGGUUACGUCAUUAAUGGAUAUAGUUUCUAUACUACAAAACGAGAUACAAACCCCAAAACUCAAAAUUCUGGCGUAACUUUAGUUUCACUAACUUCAAGUUUUGCUAGCUCCAAGGAUGGAAAUCCUAGGACAGAACCCAUCACAUAUUAUGGAGCCAUUGUUGAUAUAAUUGAGUUAUACUACUAUGGAAAUUUCAACUUUGUUUUGUUUAAGUGCGAUUGGUUUGAGGUUGAAAAAGACAAAUAUGGACUUACUUGUGUGCGUUUCAAUAAGAAAAUUUAUCAGAAUGAUCCGUUUGUGAUACCUUCUCAAGCUCAUCAAUGUUACUAUGUCCAAGAACCUUUUGAUCCAAACCGCCAUUAUGCUCUGCAAAGAGUUCCACGGGAUUUCUUUAACAUUGCUGACCCGUCUAACUUACAAGCUGAAACACCUUCUAGUGGAGAAAAUAGUGAUGGUGAUGGUGAAUUAAAUUGGGUUAGGGAAGACAUACAUGCAACAAUAGUUGAAACACCUCAUGAAAUGAAUGAAGCUGAAAGUGAUGGAUAG